AGCCACCAUGGAUCUACUCCAAGGUAAGCCUUUAUGAUCUAUCGAACUAAGCCAGCUAGCUAUGCUAUCGAUCUAACUAUGACAGGAUACAUUCGAAGCAACCUGAACCUGCCCGAUAUAAGAGGCUACACAGACAGCUAUAUAAUCCGCCCGCUCUCCGCGCUGCUCACCUCCUCGACGCCCGAUCUCCUGACCAUCCUCCUCCUGGCGAUCCUGCUGCUCGUCUCGCUGAAGAUAUUAGACUAUGCGCGCCGCCUGGUCAUGUUCUGGGUCUCCCUGGCGAUAAGUGUCGUGUAUUAUGCUUCUCUGAUCGGGGCGGCGUACGGAAUAUAUUACUACGCCACUUUGGAGGGCGGGUGGGAUCGCGCCAUGAAUGAUGCGGGAUGGGUGUAUGGUCUUGUUCAGGGGUUCGUGGAGGAUUUCCAGGUUUCCGAGGCUGCUGCUGCUGGCGGCUAUGGAGGGUAUAAAUCUGCUCGGGGACAGGGACGGGGUCAGAAAAAUGCGUAUUCGGGAUGGUGAUUACUCGCUAGUGGUUACUGGCUAUUGAUGGGAGUUGGGGG